GGAGUUCAUCAGUUCUGCUAGAAAAUGGAGCUUAGUACCGUCAAAGAUGCAUUUGAUCGAGUUGCUAAGAAGCAAAAAUUGUCUACUUCUAAAUCACUUGAAGUAAUUGACCAAAUUGGCCAUGAAAUUGAACAGGCCUUAUCAAAUAUCCAGACCAUUCAGGAUCCUGCCUAUCCUGUAGAUCGGAAAUCCAUCCUCAAGGAACUUAAAACCAAGCUCAAUGAGAUUGGCCCGCACAAGCAGCUAGAGGGAUCACAAAAGGAGCUAAACAUAAACCUCAUGAAGUACCUAAAAGUCCUUGAAAGAGUAUUCAUUCCUGACAUAUCCAAGGCAUACAGGAAUGUUGACUUUGACUCUCACACUGUGAAUCAGAUCAUUGUAAGCCAUUUUUAUCGUGAAGGUUUGUUUGAUAUUGCAGACUUACUAAUAUAUGAAGCUGGGGAACCAGAAGCCAUCUCCCUAAAAUCACACUUUAUGGAGAUGCAUCAAAUCCUUGAAGCUAUCAAGGAUAGAGACCUUCAACCUGCUCUGAACUGGGUCUCCUCUAAUCGUGCAAAACUAAAGCAGAUUGGUUCAGAUCUUGAGCUGAAACUUCAUCGCUUACAUUUUGUUGAGAUUUUGCAGAAACAAAGCCAAGCUGAUGCUCUCAACUAUGCCAGAACUUACCUUGCUCCUUUUGCUUCAGUUCACAUGGAUGAGAUCCAGAAGCUUAUGGGUUGCCUCUUGUGGGUGGGAAAGCUGGACCGAUCCCCAUAUUCUGAAUUGAUGGAUCCAAUCCAUUGGGAAAAGGCAUCUGAGGAGAUAACCGGGCAGUUCUGUAGUUUCUUGGCCCAAUCAUAUGAGAGCCCCCUGAAUGUGGCGGUGACGGCUGGGGUUGAAGGGUUGCCUACUCUAUUAAAGUUGGCAAUUGUAAUGGCUGCAAAGAAGCCGGAGUGGCAGGCUAUGAAACAGUUACCAAUUCCAGUGGAAUUGAGGAAGGAAUUUCAGUUCCAUUCAAUUUUUGUUUGUCCAGUAAGUCGGGAUCAAGGCAAUGACGAAAAUCCACCUAUGUUGUUGCCCUGUGGGCACGUCCUUUGUAAGCAGUCCAUUCAUAAGCUGUCAAAAAGCAACACCCGCAUCUUCAAGUGUCCGUAUUGUCCUUUUGAGGCCUCGGUUGCACAAUGCAGGCAACUUCAUUUCUGAUCUGUGUUUGUGAAGCUCUCUCCGUGUGUGUGUGUGUGAGUUGUGGUACUUUGUGGGUGGUUGAUGUGCUUGUGUGCUUCUGUAAAUAGAUAUUCUUUCUUGAAGUUACUUGUGAUUUCUGAAGAUCUCAUUACAUUUUCUUACUUAUAGCAACGGUUUUUACAAUGACAUGGUCAUCUUUGGUUUUAGUAAUGGUGAGCUACUGUUGCACAGGUAUUCUCCUUUGUUGUUUACCAAAGCAAGGAAGUACUUAUAGUUGUUUAGUUCGUUAAAAAUAGUAUUAAAAAUACUGUAAGACUUUGUUAUGACUCUUUAAGAAGAACCUAAAACUUAAAAGAAACCAUUGGUGACGAUUUUGUGCAUUCUAGAUGUGGCCUGUGUCUUUAUAUUCUCUCUUUUCUCUUUCGUUUUUAACCCGAACAUGGGCAAAAUCAGGCCCAGACCAAACACCUCAAACGACCCACUCAUGAUUUAACCAAGUGAUUGUUUCACUUCGGCUACCAAAGCAUGUGUUCUUAUCAGUUCAAGACCGGGAGUGCUAUAUGCAACAUUCAAAGGUACGAUUGAUCAACGACAAGUCUGCAGUAGGCCACUGAAUUCAAGGCUUGCUAAUGAGGCUUCUCAAGUUGCAACGAGGGCUGUCCUUGUUCGGCCCUUAUGAUUUCCCUGUAGCAAGCCUUGUGAGAAGAGUUUAGUGUUGCAGAGACAUGCCGACUUUGGAAUUUCUGCAUUAAUCACGCCUAACAUCAGGGGAGGAAAGUUGGGUUAACGUAUGGUUCAGACCCAGCAACCUGGACUUAAACUCGGUGAUUAUGUACCAUGGACAGGACCUAGGAUGAUAUGUAACUAUUCAAGAUAGCCAUGGUAGGGGUUGCGGUUGCCCAUUAGGAUUCAUCAACUCAAUCUUAUUAGAGCUAGUGUCCACGAAGGCAGUUCCGAACUUCGAUAAAGAAAGAGAUUUGCGUUAGAUAACAAACAAUCAAUGUAAAACUUGUUUGAACACUUACUUGUGACAGUGGAUUGGAUUUUCAGCAUUGCUGGAAGAAUAUGGAGAGAUAGUGUUGGGAGGAUAAGGAGCUGAGUGAUCUAACCCGUAUAUCUCUUGGAAUUAUUGGGACCG